AACAUUUUCUUCCUUUCACAAGCACAAGCUCUCUUUCACAAGCACAAGCUCUCUGUCUUCUCUCUUCGAUCAGCGAAUGAUGCAGAAAGUUCAAACAUCAAUGACGAGCACUGAAAUGACAAUUGUGAUCAACGGGUUCUGUAACUGUGAUGGAUGCAUACAAAAGGUGAAGAAGACACUUGGUGAACUUGGUGAUGUCAAAUUGUUAGCAAUGAACCCUGAGAUUGGAAAAUUCACAAUCUUAACUGCUAAACACCCUGAAGUAAUCAAAUUUUCUCUAGAGCGUACUACCGAUGUCCAUGAUAUAGCCAAAACAUUGAUGACAAUAUUACACGCCAAAGGAUUAGAAAGUGUGGAAUACAAUCAAUGGAGCAGUUUAAAGAUAAACUUCACUAAUCAUGGGAUCCAACCAUCUACCUCUAGAUCAUCAUCCACUAAAAUCCAAAAUGUUGCGGGUUAUAAUGAUUUUGAAUAUGCUCCACCAUUGCCACCAAAUCCUGUUAAGCCAUCAGCCCCUUUCAACAAUCCCUACAACUGA